AUGGUGGCCUACCGGGGACAGAAUGGACUCAGCUAUACCUGAUAACCCCUGAUCUGUGGAAAAGCAGUGAGAGAUACACUGAAGACACAAUUCAAAGCAAAUGGCCCCAAAGACUUCUCUGGUAAUAGCAUAAAAAUUGUGAAAGUGGAAGACGAAAAAUCAACUCUGAGUAUAGCUUGAAAUGUUACAUUUUCAAGGUGAAGACAUGGGCACAUGUGAUGGUAAAUGGAAACCAAUGUCACUUCAUGGGGGAGGGACCGGUCAUGUUCUUAAUUGAUGAUGGUAAUAAACUGACUGUACAGUCCAUGCUUAAGAGUAAAUAAACAAAAUCACAGUUAAUUACUUCUGCAAAUCUUGUUCUUUAUUGUCGAUCUUGAUAAAUUACAGAACUAAUUCAUAAGAACAUAACACCACUGAUCUAGUUAUGCCAUUAUUUGGUAAACAGUAGGUAGCACCAAUGGAGGUUUUGUGAGAAGAAUAUUGUUUUAUCACAAUUGUUUCUUCUUGGAAAUAAAAUAAAUCUUAAUCUCAGUUUUUGAGUUCUACUCUGUGGUUGGUGCUACAAA